GUUGAAUGUUAAAUCACUUAUAUCUAUAAACGGUAUAAACUAUAAGCUAUAAAUGAGUUUGCGGAGAUAAUAAAAACUCAAAACAAAUGGUUAGUUGUUAGUUGAUUGUUGAAUACGUCAUAAAUGACGUUUGUUCAUUGUCAAAAUGAUCAGAGAUUUGUAUUAAAAAUGUAUUAUCAGGAGUACCAGAGACUUACUCUAUGCAUUAAACCGAUGAAAGUCAGUGAUAGGAGCAAACAUUUAAGUAAUCACAAAUCAGUUGACUCUUGGUAAUCCCGCGAAAACGCCCUUUAUGUAGGUACUCCUUUAAGGAAGAAUAAACAUUAAGCAGUUCACAGUUUAGUUGCUACUUACUGGAUAUUAAACUUGGGUCAAGAUGGUCUUACAAAUAUUAAGUACAUGUCAAAAUGUAGUAAGUCAAUCUAGAGAUGUGCAAAUUAUUUCAUCAAACAUUCCAAAAUUGGCUCAAAAGAUUUAUACAUUAAUAGAAGAAGAUAAACUAACUCUUGAUGAAUUUAAAAAAUGUCCAUUACAUCCAAAAAAUGAAGAUGAAGAAGCAAUCAAUUGGAUAUUUAUUGUUGAUUCUUUGAAUUUUUGUUUUUUUGAUCCUAACAAUAAAUCGCAUUGGAGUGUGACUUGGAAAAAUGAAAAACACACAGGAUAUUUUGGUUUGUGCGCUGCUAUCAAUAGAGCUAUAGAAAAAGGGAUAAAUAUGAUUGAUAUGAAUACAUGUUUGGAAUUAACAAAAAAGCAAUUAGAUGAAAUAUUACUGGGAGAUGAUGGAGCAACUCUUCCACUAUUACAAGAAAGGUAUUUGUGUUUACAACAAUCCGCAGAUGUUUUAUUAAAAAAAUAUAAAGGAAACUUUGUGAAUUGUAUAUUAGAAUCAAAUCAUUCUGCUCAGAAAUUAUUAGAAAUCAUUUCUGAAAAUUUUUUUCAUUUUAGAGAUGAAUCUAUUUAUAACAAUCAAACAGUUGCUAUUUAUAAAAGAGCUCAGAUUUUGAUUGCUGACAUUUGGUCAUCAUUCAGGGGUUCUGGCCUUGGCGAAUUUCAUGACAUAGAUACUUUAACCAUGUUUGCAGAUUAUAGAGUCCCUCAAGUUUUAUUAUACUUUGGUGUUUUGAAGUAUUCAGAUAAUUUAAAAGAUACUCUCAAACAAGGUAUUCUUCUUGAGCAUGGAGCUUCAGAAGAAGUGGAAAUUAGAGCAGCUUCUAUUGUAGCAGUUGAUGAUAUUGUAAAUGAGGUGAAAAAAAUAAUGGCAGAAAAAAAUAUACAUAAGAUUUGUAAUUCUAUUAUGGUUGAUACUUUUUUAUGGGGUUAUCGAAGAGAAAAUGCUGCAAUGUUGGAAGACACACCAUACCAUAAGACAUUAAAUAUUUAUUAUUAAAACUAUGUUUUGUGUAAAUUAAUUUUGCUUUUUGAUAAUUUGUUGCUAGUAUACA